AUGACGGUACUUGGAAGAGCCCCUAAAUUCCUCUUGUGGAAGGAUGAAACAGUCGUUCCAAGGCAACUGCAGUCCAAGUCCCACAUCUCCAAAGUGAUGUUUUUUGUUGCGGUUGCACGACCGCGCAACGAUUGGGACGGCAAGAUUGGAUGCUGGGAAAUUACCGAGCGCAUGCCCUCUGCCCGUACUAGUCGCAAUCGCCCUGCUGGAACUGAGGUCCUGACGAGUAUCACUGGGACUAAGGAUGUCAAUCGGCGGAUGCUCGUGGCCAUGGUGGUGCCAGCCAUCAAGAGGAAGUGGAUUUGGCCCGCGGGAGUCGAAAAUGGCCGCAUCAUCCUCCAACACGAUAACGAUCGUCACCACAUUCCAUCUGGCGAUGCUGAGUUUGUGGAUGCUGAGCAACACGCCCUCAAGCAGACCCUGGAAUGCCGAACAAUGGAAGAGCUCAUUGCUGCCGUCAAGUGCUCUUUUAUGCUGCUUUCCCCUGUAACUUUGGAGAAGACAUUCAUGACACUGCGUCGUUCCAUGAACGUGAUAAUUGAGGCGAAUGGCUGCAACCGUUAUGAGAUCCCUCGAAGCAAAGUGAACGCCGAGGACGAAUUGGCACUAUCCAUGACGAAUUUGCGGCUUGAGGAAGAAGACAGGUUAGAGGAAGUUGCAAGUCUGUUAGGCACUUUGAACAUGGAUGUGUAA